AUGUACAACACCAAGCUAGUCAACGCGGCGACUGUCGCAGCCAUUGUCAUGGCCACCAGUCCGAUGGGAGCGCAGGGCUUCGCCAUACCAGAGCCCGCAUCCCUCAUGUCGCGAGAGCUUGGCGGCCUGAACAUCUGGAAGAUUGUCGACGCCGUACGGGACUAUCUCAAAGACAAGAACGCAUAUGACCCCUCAGUUCCGGACAAAUGCGCGCUCACCGUCAAGACAACAGAUGGCGGCAAGUGCGACUCGGAGGUCCAAUGCGAAAUGACGGACAAGCCCGGCAAAAGCCUCGGAGAAUGGAACGUAUGCGAGAUCGGAAAGACGCAGUACUUUAAGCACCCAGACCUGGGCGACCUCUCCGUGACCUUCACGGAAGCAGGUGGCAUCAACGGCAACAAGGAAGACGGGCUCCAUCACCCGGCCCUUCAAUUCAAGGCCUUGAACAACUGGGAGCAAAUCAGGGUCCAGGACAUCAUUGACGCGCAUCCCGGUGACACCGGAAACCUCUGUGAGAAGAAAAAGUCCAACGGCGGGCGCACACUGGAAUGGGCGUGCGGGUUCCCCAAGUUGACCAAGGUCAGCUCGAGCGCCUUUGGGAUCAACCUCAUGAACCCCGACAGCAACAAGAAGGGCUAUGCCAAGGGCUGGUGCACGGCGCAUGUUAUCCAAUAUCAGAAGAACGAGUUCGGCACCGGAUCCGACUACAGGUUUGCGGUUCAGAUCUUCGACGCCAAGAAGAGCCAGAUCGGCCACGUGCAAAAGGCGCCCGUCGACUCGAAGAGAUAUCUCGGUGUCGCGUCCAAGCUGCCUUACAAGCUCGUCGUUAAGGCCGGCAAGGUCGACAGCGACCCCGUGUCUUUCUGCUACGGCGAUCAGUGCUGGACCUGCGACAACGAUGGCGGCGGCCGCCACGGCUGCACACUUGGCCGCGGGAAGAGCAACGGCUUUGAAAACGGAGACCGUGAGGGUGAUAUGGGCUUCACUUGCUGA